AUGGCAGGAACCUUGACAAGCCUGAUGAAAGACUGCCUGACAGGCUGCACGCAGGGUGACAGGCCACACACAGCCCAGCCCCGGGCCAGACUGAGUGCAGAAGGAGCGAACAUUAACAAGUCCCUGACCACACUGGGGAAGGUGAUCUCCGCACUGGCUGAAGUGGGCAAGAAGAAGAAAGUGGAGUUCAUCCCGUACCGGGACUCUGUGCUGACCUGGCUGCUGAAGGAGAAUUUGGGGGGUAACUCCCGAACGGCCAUGAUCGCUGCCCUCAGUCCCGCCGACCUCAACUAUGAGGAAACCCUCAGCACGCUCAGGUAUGCAGACCGAGCCAAGCAGAUCAGGUGUAACGCGGUGGUGAACGAGGACCCGAACGCACGGCUGAUCCGGGAGCUGAAGGAGGAGGUGGCUCGGCUCAGGCAGCUGCUGAGCGCUCAGGGGCUGGGGCUGGUCGACGGUGUCAGACUUACGGAGUCGGACUCUGCCCAGCCUGUUGUAGAUCCAGUCUGGUCUAAUGGAGCAGCCCCUGACCCCUUUAACCCCACCUCCAGUGAGGUCGAGGGUCCAAGGCCCUGGCCUGAUGAUGUGGAGGGAUCAGGGGCACAGGAUCCAGUGACCCUGGGGGGCACCCAGUGUCCAGCUGUGCCAGGAGGGGCACUGACGAGUGAGGAGGCCCUGGACCGUCUGCAGGAGACAGAGAAGAUCAUCGAGGAACUGAACGAGACCUGGGAGGAGAAGCUGCGGAAAACAGAGCGGCUCCGGGUGGAGAGGGAGGCGCUCCUGGCCGAGAUGGGUGUGGUCACUCGAGAGGAUGGAGGAACCGUUGGGGUCUUCUCCCCCAAGAAGACCCCUCACCUGGUGAACCUGAACGAGGAUCCCCUGAUGUCAGAGUGUCUGCUCUACUACAUCAAGGAUGGAGUGACCAGGGUCGGUCAGUCAGAUGUGGACAUUAAGCUGAGCGGUCACUUCAUCAAGGACGAGCACUGUGUGUUCCGUAGUCAGACCGGGGACGGGGGUGACGUGACAGUGACCCUGGAGCCGUGUGAAGGAGCCGACACCUACGUCAACGGGAAGCAGCUGACCGGCCCCCUGGUCCUCCGCCAAGGUAACCGCGUGGUGCUGGGGAAGAGCCACGUGUUCCGUUUCAACCACCCCGAGCAGGCAAGGCUGGAGCGGGAGAGGGGUCCCAGUCCGGGGUCCACGGUGGAGGCCGCUGACUGGAGCUUCGCCCAGAGGGAGCUGCUGGAGCAGGAGGGCAUCGACAUCCGGCUGGAGAUGGAGCGGAGGCUGCAGGACGUGGAGAACCAAUACCGUCGCGAGAAGGAGGAGGCCGACCUGCAACUGGAGCAGUCCCGGCUGUAUGCGGACUCGGACAGUGGCGAUGACUCGGAUAAGCGCUCGUGUGAGGAGAGCUGGCGGCUGAUCGCCUCGCUGCGGGAGAAGCUACCGGCCAGCAAGGUGCAGAAGAUCGUGCGGCGCUGCGGCCUGCCCAGCAGCGGCAAGAAACGUGAGCCGCUGCAGGUAUACCAGAUCCCGCAGAGACGCCGCAUCAGCAAGGACCCCAAGUGGGUGACGCUGGCUGACCUGAAGAUGCAGGCGGUGAAGGAGAUCUGCUACGAGGUGGCACUCAAUGACUUCAGGCACUCCAGGCACGAGAUUGAGGCCAUGACCGUGGUCAAGAUGAAGGAGUUGUCUCGCAUGUACAGCAAGAAGGACCCAAACGAGCAGGACACGUGGCGCGCGGUGGCGCGGGAUGUGUGGGACACGGUGGGUGUGGGUGAGGAAUCCGAGGCUCGCCCCCCCCGAGAUGUCGACGACCUGCGCGCCCACAUUGACAAGCUGACCGGGAUCCUGCAGGAGGUGAAGCUCCAGAACAACAUGAAGGACGAGGAGAUCCGGGCACUGCGAGACCGCAUGCUGAAGAUGGAGCAGGUCGUACCUGCAAUCACUCAGGACGGGGGUCCGGCCGGAGGAGGGGACGAGGUGCAGCGGGUGAGCGAGGAGGGCAGCCCGGCGCUGCGCAUCGGCCGUCUGAUGGAGGAGGACCCGGCCUUCCGGCGGGGGAGGCUGCGGUGGCUGCAGCACGAGCAGCAGCGCAUCCUCAACCUGCAGCAGCAGCAGCUGGGCCGCAAGCUGCGCAAGAGGGCGGGCGCGGGCCGCUUCAUCCCGCCGCAGGACUGCAAGCUGCGCUUCCCCUUCAAGAGCAACCCCCAGCACCGCUGCUGCUGGGGCCCCGGCAACGGGCCCGCCGGCCCCGGCAACGGGCCCGCUCACCCCGGCAACGGGCCCGCCGGCCCCGGCAACGGGCCCGCUCACCCCGGCAACGGGCCCGCCGGCCCCGGCAACGGGCCCGGCGCAACCCCUGACCCUGCCGACCAGGCCUACCAGGCCCCGUGCCAUCCACCCGGGCAGGAUGAGAGGCCCUGGGCCCCAGGCCCGAGGCCCUGGCCAGGCUCGGGGGUCCCGUCCCCCCAGCACCGGCCCUUCCGCCGAAACUCCUUUGACAAUGGGGCCGGGGGCCGUGCCCGCUUCCCCCGCCGGCCUCCCUCCCCCGCCGAGAGGCCCCUCGGGAACGCCGAGCACCGCAGGCCUCGGCCUCAGCACCAGCACCGGGCCCGGACCCCCGAGUCCGGCCUCGGCCCCCCGCAGCCCCAGCAGAGACCCUACACACCCCCUCCCCGCAUGAGGCGGCAGCACUCGGCCCCCAACCUGCAGCACAGUGGCACCCCCCGCUAGCGCGGCCCCCACCCCGGGCACCGCCCCCGGAGGGCAGAGGGCAGGGAGAGGAAGGUAUGAGGGGGCUGGGCAGGGAGGUAGGACUGUGUGUGAGGGGGGAGAGCGAGGAGGGUGAGUUGAUGUGUGAGGGAGGGUGUCAGGAGGUAGGAAUGAGCUUGAGGGGGGAGGGUCGAGUGUGCAAGGAGAGAGCCUUUAGCAUGUGAGGUGGCUGUGGAGAGACGAGGGUGUGAGCAGAGUGUGUGAGGAGGGGAAGGGGCAAGUGUGUGAGGGGAGGGUGUGAGGAAGGGGUGAGUGUGCAAGAGAGAAAAGGGGCAAGUGUGAGGUGGGAGGCUGUGAGGGGUAUCGGGAGGUGUCAGGAGGGGAAGGGCUAAGGGUGCACGGGAUUGUGGCAGGAGUUGGGGAGUGUAUCGGGGGAGCGCAAGAGGAGGCAGGAGGGGUGUGUGUGUGCAAGGGGACUGUCAGGAGGGGAAGGGGUGAGUGUGCCAGGAAUGGGGGUGAAUGUGCGUGGGGGUUCUGUGCUGCACCUGGGUGACGCGGGGAGGGUGUUGGGGUGUGAGGCAGGGCUGUGUGGGUCUGAUGUGGCGGUUCCCGGCUGUGUGUUGUGCCGUGUGUUUCUGUGAAUUCGGUGGUGCCGGUUUCUUCAGCUGGGCUCCCACCGCACGUGUGUGCGCGACUGUUGUCAGAAGUACUGUGGUGGGUGUGAGCGCCGAGUGUCUGCUCACACACCGCAGCGUGGGCACGUUCGGACACUCCACCCUCGGCACCGAGAUCAACACUGCUCCCCACACCAGGGAUGCUUGAAGGGCGGGGGUGUUCAACAGAGAGCAUGGUCUCCUGGGCAGUGCGGAGUGAGGAGACCUUGUUCUCCAAGCCCAAGGGUUCCAGCCUGGAAUCUGCCCGUCCCGCUUGAACUCUCUGUUACAACCCCCCCCCCCCCCCACACCCCCCCGAUCAUUCUCUGUAACCUGAAGCGGGGGGUGCGAGGAAAUCCCUGGGUUUCAGCCUGCCGAAGAUCUGGACUAGGCGCCCUAACCUCAAGGCUCCUGCGCAGUUAUUGAGCAAGUUGGUUCCUCGCUCCACAGACGUUGCCUGACCAGCCGAGUGUUCCCACGUUGUUCUGAUUUCUCAAGAGUGGCGGGCAGGAGCCACAGACCGCACUGCUUCCAAACACGUUACAAACCACUGCAAUAAUGGAUUAAAGACGGUGGACUUCCGAUGUGUGACCUCAGAACUUGUUGGGGACAUUACAACUUUCAAAGUGGCCCCGGGAUGUUUGCACAAAUUAUACGCUCCUAUAUUUUAGAAUUCUUUCUUGUGUGUUUUAGUUUAAAGGAAUGUUUCUAACGGACCUCUGCACUGGCUCCUGUCAGCUCAGGGUCAGAGGAGACUACUGCUUGUGUCCCCCGGCGAGGGUCAGUGUGUGUGGGACCCUGCCCCCGGCGAGGGUCAGUGUGUGUGGGACCCUGCCCCCGGCGAGGGUCAGUGUGUGUGGGACCCUGCCCCCGGCGAGGGUCAGUGUGUGUGGGACCCUUCCCCCGGCGAGGGUCAGUGUGAGUGGACCCGUCGCCCCGGCAAGGGUCAGUGUGUGUUGACCCGUCCCCCAGUGAGGGUCGAGUGCAGAUGUGGCGGGCUUUUCCCUGGACUGUCACCAGAGUAGGGGGCUCCCGGUCUUGGAAUGCGGUGUGGGCCGAUCAGGAUGUGGCUGGGGGGAGUUUCCCGGCCAGUUUUGCGGGG